AAAGGAGAGGGAGGAUCAGAGCAUGAAGAGUCUUUCCCUCUCCGUCCGUGAGUUCAGUGUCUGAUACCGGCAGCGGCAGUUUCAAACGCCGUGUCAGCACAGGCAGCGUUUCAUAUUUAACCAACAAAGACUCCGUGAGAGGAAAAACAGAGGAACAAGCACAGGAAGAACCUUUACAUGGUGUCAGUUGCUCCAGUGUUUCUGAUUUCUGGCAGAUCCAAGUGAAGGUAUAUUUCACAGGUGUCUGCAAGAAUCCAAGCCAGAAGGGAGACAGGAAUCAUGUUUUAAAUCAUUAUGGGUUUCAUCAUACAUCUUCUCUGUUGCCAAAUGAUGGUAUCAAGAGGAGAGAAUUUCCUCUUGUUGUCUGGAAAUUCGUUACUGAUUCCACUUUGAGCAUUUUUUCUUAGUCAGAAAAACAUGAACAAUAGCAUUGUUUCAAACGACUCAUGUCACAACACCACCUGCAUCGUGGGUCGGGAUGGCAAGCCAUCAACAAGUAUCAUUAUGUUUUUGUCUGCUGUGGUGGGAAACCUCUUGGCUCUCUUCAUCCUUGGAGUUCACCGGAAGGAGCACCGGUCCAGGUCCUCGGUCUUCUGCAUCCUGGUGACCGGCCUGGCCCUCACUGACCUGCUGGGAACCUGCCUCCUCAGCCCGCCUGUGUUCAUCUGCUACGCCCGCAACAUGUCGCUGCUCAGUCUGGGCAAUGAAGAACUGUGCAACCUCUUUGGCUUUGCCAUGAGUUUCUUUGGCCUGGCGCCUACGCUCAUCCUGUGCGCCAUGGCGGUGGAACGCUGCCUGGCUAUCAGCCACCCUUACUUCUACUCUGUGCACAUCCGUCAAAGUUUUGCCAAGUUCACUCUUUUCUUUAUUUACCUUUUUUCUUUAGCUUUCUGUCUCUUGCCGUACAGCGGUUAUGGCAAAUUCAGACAGUACUGCCCUGGGACUUGGUGUUUCAUUGACAUGGAUGCGACAAGAGAUGACCGGGCCAACUUGGUGCUGGCCUUCUCUCUGUCCUACUCCUCCCUGAUGGCACUGCUCAUCUGUGCAGUGUUUGUGUGCAAUGGAUCAGUGAUUAUCAGCCUGUGCCGGAUGCACCGGAGCCAGAUAAUGCGGCGUGGCUCAGUGGUGUCAACAGGGAGAAAGAGGAGAAUGAGCCUGGCCUGGUUCGGACAGGGCGAGGAAGAGAUGGAUCAUUUGGUGCUGCUGGCGCUCAUUACUGUCAUCUUUGUGGUCUGCUCCCUGCCGCUGACCAUUGCAGGCUUCAUCAACGCCAUUCAUCCGUUUUGCAGUGACGCUGCGAACCUGACAGCCUUCCGUUUCUAUGCCCUCAACCCCAUUGUGGAUCCCUGGGUCUUCAUCAUCUGCCGCAAGUCUGUGUUUCGCCACCUGUGCUCUCUGCUGAGCUGCCGCUUCAGCAAAGGAGCCGUGAAGGCGACGGCGGCGAACUGCGCUCUGUCUUUGCCUCUCGACAACGCCAUACAGCGCAACCCCCCAGAUGUGACUGUAAAUCCACAGAACAACAUGUACCCUAGUCUGCCUCUAUGACCCAGAGUAACCUUCAGCUGGAGUCUGAGAGACAAAUCUCUGAUAUGAAACCAACAUGUGAAUACAAGAUCCCUGCACUCAUCAUUUUAAGGCACAAAUGGAACUCUUUCUACACCUGGCUGUUGCAGUUCCCAUAUCAAUAAACUCUGGAGAAUAAUUAUUGCACUAGAUCUUAAUGUUGCAUUGACUCAUGGAAGCUGUUUCCACGCUGUGAGAAAUCUUGUGCCAUUAAACAAACAGCACUUUGACUUAGCAGCGGGGACCACAUCAAACCAUAUCAAGUCCAUGAAUAAUAUUCUGUACAACUAGAAUAUAUGCACUUGAGUAAAUUUAUAUGCAUGAAUGUGUGCUAUUCUUGUUUCCUCUCAGCCAAUCAGCAUCUGCUUUAGACAUACUGUUUAUGGAUUCUUCACUUCUACAGCAUCUUGAAAUGGGAUGCAGCUCAACAUGAAGAUCCUGUACAGCUGGAUUCUUUGUCAUCGCUGGAGUCGAUGACAUGUUGAUGCAUUUCUGUGUGCUCACAACAAUAAUGCUAGCAUGCUGAUGUUUAACAGGUACAGUAUUAACAUUGCUCAACAUUUGCUAAAUAGCUCUAAACAUGAAGUACAGCUGAGGUGAAAAGAAUGUAGUUAAUUUAACAAAUAUGUGGUCAUGAACUGAGAUGUUGGUAAGACAUUGUGAUGGUGCUAAAUGAAACGUCAAGGAGUCAGCAAAGUUGUCAGAAUUCAGCCAGUUGGCACCAUAGGGUACGACCAGAUUUCAUGGCAAUCCAGUACAUUUGAUAGCCGUCGAAGCAUUUCAGUUGAAGUUAGAGUGCAGGACUUUACCAUGUAGGUUAAUGUUGGCUGCUUUCACAUGAUGCUCAUAAAUUAUUUAAGAGGCAGGGAAAUCUGUCUGUCUUUUACAGUGUACUACAGUUUUAAAUCUGCAGAUAUUCCCACAUUGUUGCACCGGUAAUGAUGCAUUUUAUGUCAGCCAGCAAUGAUUGGUUUGCCAGAAUUAAACAGGGCUGCAGCUGCAACGACAGAGGUGGAGAAGGCAGCAGCAACUAGGAGUGUGGUGCAUCAUAUGGCAGAAUAACCAGGGAACCAUAAGAAAAUCUUUCUGAUGCUUGAGAUUAAAAAGUAACUUUAUGUUGAUAGGAUUGGAGAUUGUGAUGACAGACGUAGAGACAUACUGCCAGAAGGGGGAGACAAUAGUUUCUCACUGCAGAUUUCAAACAAAAAAAUGUCGACCACAUGGUGACAUCAGAGGGAAGCUCAGGGAAUCUACAAGAGUCAGUAGGGUACAGGCUUUCGUGGCUUUUCAGGCAAUAGUUGUUAUUAGUUCAUUGUGGACUAAUGUGGGGAACCAGUAAACCGACAUUGCUGUCUCUAGAGUGAAACCAUUCUGACGAAAAAGUAGUCGAAUUUAGACUAGUUUUCUGUAAGGGUUACAGAUUGUCUGACACACAGGACUGGUUAGGUCUUUUUGAAAAUAGGCUAAAUAAGCCAUGUGUGCUCCCUGACAGACUUUAUCACCCUUCUACACCCCAACUGCUCCACCUGCAGCACGAAGAAGAGCACCAUGAAUGUGAAAAUGUAGUAUAUGCAUUGGUAGAUUAGAAUCUUGUCAUUAUAGUUGUUGCUCUCAGUUUAUAAAAACAAAACAACAACAACAAACAAACAAAAAAAAGCAGAAACAACCUGUUGAAAAAUGAUUAAAGCAAAGUAAAAACAGUCCAAUUGUUUUAAAUCAGGUUAACAUUAAAGGAAUAAUGGAAAGUUAAACCUGACUUCUAACCUUCUAUGGAGAAAUCAGAUCAGUUUUUUCUGAGAUUUGCAUUAAAAAGCCACUUUAUUCUAAAAUUAGGCUCAUUUGCUGUAGCAGUGCAGCACAUAAGGUCAUUGCAUUGCACAAACUUUAUAUUGCACCUCACUUCUUCCAUUUUACUGAUUUCUAAGCUACCUACCAUGAUUGUGAAUGUUUUUUUAAGAGCCUCUUGCUUUGAAAAAUCUCUGCUGCUGCUGCUACAUGCACUGGGAGAAUUAUUCUUUUGUUGUCGUGACUGUAAAUGCAUUUAAAUGUAGCAUAUAUGUACACCAUUUCACUGUGCUAUACUGUUGUGAAUUCUUCUAAUUGUGUUGUUUUGGUUUACGCAAUGAUUGCAAAAAAUUUAGGGGUAAUAAACGUGGUAAUUUAAGUUAA